ACAGUGCUGAGCUCCCUGAAUUCCUCUGGCAGCUCAGCAGACUGGGAUGGGCUGCCUGUGUUUUCCCACCUGUCAGCACCUGCUUCCAUGAGGAACAGCAGUCUCUACGAGCUGCUGCAGGUGGGCAGAGCUGCUUCCAGCCAGCCUGAGUGGGGACACUUCUCCCGGCUGUGGCGUGCCACUGGCAGCAUGCUGACCUCCAAAUGGAGCCUAACAGAAGUGGGUGAAUAUGUGGAACUCCUGCAAAUGAUGAAGAAAGCUCUAAUCCUCGUGGACCUUGGGGUAGCUCCUGGAAAAGCAUUGGUGCAUCAGAUUUUUAGUAAUUCUACUGAAGAAAUUAAAUUCUCAGAUCUGAGUGAUUUGUAUAGUUCAUUAAAACUCUUUUUCAGUUCAAGUUCUGCCACAGACAGCACACUGGACUUGGAAAGAAUAUUUCAAGAAAUACUUCCUCUGUAUGAAGGGAGUGAUGAAGGACUGUUCUACUCUAAUCCCUAUGGAAAAGAAAAUCAAGAUGUUCUGACUAUGGCUGCAGUGAUUUGGAAUGAGAUCAUUUUAAACAGGACUCAUUUUAAUGCAGAGAAUGCAUGGGAGGUUAUCAAAAUGCUUGCACUCGAUGCAAUCUCGCUUGAAGACAUUGAAAAUUAUCUCAGCACAAAUGAGAAAGUGUCAUCAUUAUUUUCUGACUUCUUGUUGACCCCUGAAACUUCUGAAAAUUUUGUAGAACACCUUCUGUCCCUUGAGAAACUUCUUGGUGCCAUGGCAAAGGUGAAUACCAGUGAUCAUUAUCUGCUGAUCUCUUCUUUGUCUGAGCUAAUGCAGAAGCUCCUUCCUGGAAGGCAGGAAAAUGAACUUGACGCUUUCUGGCACGUUGCUGAAGGUCUCCAGUCAUUGAACUGGAGUAAUACAGACAGUCUCACUGCCCAGUCACUUCUAGACAUGCUGCAAAAUCUGCUAAAUACAAUGGAAAAUGACUCCAGUCUUCCUUUCAGUAAGGAACUGAAGCAGCUGCUAAACUUUGCAUCCUCCAUCUUUGAGCUGUAUGAUGAAGAAGACUCCAGGGGAAACAACAUCUCCAUGUACUUGCAGGCCCUGCAGAGAGGUAUCUUAACUUUGAAAGGUUUGCAGAAAAGGUAUAACAUCAGUGAGCUUGAAUCUCUCAGCCUGUUACUUGACUCUUACAGUAACUAUACCCCGAGACUGAUGGAAAUGUGGGGAGCAGGAAUGAAAGUUCUUCAUGACACCAACUUAAACAAAACAUUUGAGGAAAAAAUGGACGUUGUCUACAAUUUCUCACGUUUGCUGCUGCAAGAAUUCAGCCAGUCUCCCUCACAGCACAAUAACUCACUACAGGCAAAAAUUUGGGAUUUCUUGCGAUCAGCCUUGGAUCCUUUCCUUGAGCACAGCAGCAAUGGCUAUAGGACACUCCAGAACUGCUCCUUUGAAGAUGUGCUUGGCAUAGGCCUUGAGGUGCUGUUUGAAAAUGCCACUCUAAGGGAGUCCUCAGCCAGGAGCCCCUGCAGGCCCCUCUUGGAUUCCUUGGCCGUGGAGGGUGGGACAGGGAGCAAUGACACCUUUACCAGGGUGUUCCAGCUGGCCAUAAGCAACCUGAAACUGUCCCCAGAGUUUGCUGCUGCCUACAACAACAGCAGGGAGAGCUUUUCCAAGGAGCUGUCGUGCCUCACGCGAGCUCUGCGUUUGUCUCUGAGUUUCCUCUCCAAGUUAAACCUUGUCUCUGAGCUGGGAAACUCGUGGCUCCAGGAGAAGGUGAGAGCUCUGAGUGCAGCCACGGAGGGGCUGGUGCAGGGUGAUGCCUCGUGCCCCAUCCCAGCCCAGGAUGUGGGUGAUGUGUCCCCAUCCCAGCUUCUGAACGUGCUCCUUCCUGCCCUGCUGAAUGAAACAGUGCUGAGCUCCCUG